AUGGCCAUAAGGAUCACACGAGGAUAUCGCACCGUAUCCUUUGACACGGCGACUGUCCUGGUGCGGUUUCCCCCGCUGGACAUCCUAGCGGAGAUGGACGCGCGUAUUUACGCGCGCCUCAGCCAGGCGGAGGAAGCUCCGCUGCCGGAAGUGCAGUGGCAGGAGCGCCGACGGGCGUUCGAGAAGUGGCGCGAGAGGCUGGAACAGCCGUGGAUCUCGCGCCAGCGCGCCGUCGGCGCGAUCCUGCCCACCUUCGAAGUCUGGUUGAGCCAGCGGAAGUGCGUCACCACGUUCCGACUGACACAGAUACUCACCGGGCACGCACGGCCUCCGAGCGGAACAUCCUGGUUGCGCGGAUCGGACGAGAUCUCUCUCCACCAGGCAUAA